AUGAUGCUUUACAAAGGAUUAAUGCUUCUAUUGGCUGCUGCCCCUGGAAAUGUCGCUUCCCUGUUUUGUUAUUCGUGUAGCAACGUUGAAAGAAUGGACAGUUGUAAAACUGUGAAAACAUGCGAAAGUGGAGAGACGUGUUUCACGCGCUUAGAGAAGAAAGGAGAUUCUGUUUCAUUCACAAUGGGAUGUACACAAAAUGAGAAUUGCGGUAACAUACCCGUGUACAAUAACGUAUCAAAGUUGAGCAACGGUCAACUAAUACAGGAAUGUUACGAAUGUUGCGGUGUUGGUCGGUGUAACAAUGACUUGUGCAAAUACAAAACACCGCCCCCUUGCAGUGACAUUCAAGAUAACUGUCCAUUCUGGAACGAGGCCUUCAACAUAUGUGAAGAGAUUCAUAGAGCUAAGCUAAUUUGUCGUAAAUUCUGCAAACUGUGUGAUCUAGUUGAUGGAAACUGGGCAGAUUGGUCGUCGUGGUCAUCAUGUGACGUUACAUGCGGUCAUGGAAAACACACACGCAUUCGAACAUGCACAAACCCUGCACCUGUAUAUCAAGGGCUAGAUUGUAAAGGAAGCAGCUCGGACACUAAACCUUGUACUCGACCUCUAUGUCCAGUUCAUGGGGGCUGGGCGGGAUGGUCAAGUUGGGAGUCAUGCCCUGUAACAUGCGAUAUAGGAAUACAGAAGAGACAUCGUACAUGUACAAAUCCACCUCCUUUACGGCAUGGCGACCAUUGUUUUGGAGACACUAGUGACGUGAAACUGUGCAAACAAAAACCCUGUGAUGCAUCGAAUGGAGGUUGGUCAAAUUGGGUCACAUGGAGUACAUGUAGCGAAUCUUGUGGUGUUGGAGUAAAAACCAGGUCAAGGUCAUGUACAAAUCCAGUCCCUGGAACUCAUGGAGAGCCAUGUGUUGGAGAUCCUUUGCAAGUAGAAACUUGCAACGAAGAGGAUUGUCAAAGUGUGGCUUUCAACGCUUACUAUGUAACUGUCUGCAGUCCAGUGUCCGGUCAGACAAUGAUAUUUUCUAAAACUCUUUUGAAUGAGGGAGAUGCAUACAACACUUCGACUGGUAUUUUUGUCGCCCCAAGAAAUGGGACCUAUACAUUUGACGCACAAAUGUGCAUUGUUAAUCAGAGAUACAUGCAGUUUGAUAUAAUGGUAGGAUCAACUGUCCAUGCGAGUGCCUAUGGAUAUACACAAUCCGGCACAGAAUGUCCGACAGCACAUGCAAUAGUAAAAUUAAACACAGGUGAUAGUGUUACUGUUCAGUGGAAAUAUUGGUCAUAUUCUACAAUUAGCGUUAUUCCGCAAAACGUUCACUAUAGAAAUUCAUUUUCUGGAAAAUUGUCAAACCCGUAAUGCAUAUUCGAAAUAGUUUGAUUAUUGAUAUAACCGGUCUGAUGAUAGUAAAAAGCAAGGAAAAUUACAUAUGAAAACUUCUUGCCAUUCCGUUGAUGAAAAAUAUUCUACAUAUCCAACAUAUUCAAUGUCUUAUAAACGAGAAUUUUUCCUUUUUAUUUAUAAACUAUAAGACUAUUCUUUAUCUAGAGUAGAUAUUGACACUGAGAAUAAAAAAAUCAGAUAAAGAAAUUUGAUAUGAUAAAAACGACGACCGAACGCUCUUUUUUUUAAAUUUAUAAAUUAUUUGCAAACACCCGUUUAUAUCAAAUGUUGCUUUCAAUAUGGUAUUUUUAUCUAUAAUUGUAUAACCUUGAAUGAAGAACUCAUAUACAUGUAUAUAUAUAUAAAUACAUAUAUGAAUUUUUACAUUUUUAUUGUGUAUUUUUUACCAUAUUGUUUUUUAUCUAUCAUACAAUUUUAAAUUUAAUGCGUAAACUGGCAAUUAAAAAAUAUAAUGAAAGGAUGUCAAAGCCAUUCAUGAAAGCAGCACAUAAAGAUAUGUUUAUACUGUUAUCUUUGUAUAAUAUUAUUUUUUAGAAGCUUCAUUUAACACAUCUGGACGAGUGCUGCUUUAAGUACCAUAUCAUUCUUUUAUAUAUAUUUUAUUUGUAAAAGAUUAAAAAUCAGAGAUCGUAAAAGUGUGUUUAUUUGAGUAUUUAAAACUGUAUAGCAUUUUUAAAAGGCCAUUUUGUAUCACUGUAUAAUUAUAGACACUACAUUUCUUCAUAUAUCAAUAAUAUCUAAAUGAAUGAACUGUUUUUGUGAAAAUUGCAUUUAUUUUCUUUAUAAAAUAGGUAUAUCAGAUGUAAAAAUGUUUUCAUGUAAAUUAUAAUUUCUAAAAAUGUAUCAAUGAAUAUUUUACGUAUAAUUAUAUACCUUAUACUGUAUUAUCUUAUUGUAUAAUACCUAAAGAAAUAACUGUUUUUUUUUGUUGUAAAAAUUGCAUUUUUGUUCCUUUAUAUAAUAGGUAAAUGUCACAUAUUCGUUUCGUUGCUUAAAGAGUAUCACUAUGUUUAUCAGAUGUAAAAAAUGUUUUCAUGUUAUAAAAAUUUCUAACAAUGCAUCAUGAUCAAUGACUAUUUUACAUAUUAUUUUACCUUGUAUAAUCUUAUUGCAUGUAAUAUUUAUUUGCACAUGAAACAUGUUAACGUUACAAAAGUUACAGUAACCAAAAGUAAUUUCUUUGAUAAGUGUGCACAUCCUAAAAUAAUAGUUUCCAUCUCAUCAAAACCCAUUACAUAUAUUGACAAGAAGAGUUGGCAAUUGGAAGAAGAAAAAAAUGUUAUUUUACGAUAAAAGUAUUGUUAUUAUUUCAUUGAUCCUUUGAAAUUCUUUUUAAAUUAUUAUUUAACAAUUUUGCUUCAGUAUCUAAUAUCUGUGAUUGUGUCAGACAUAAUGAUAUAAUUGGAAAA